UCGCUGUCCCAAACAGAGGAAGUUGGAGUUGUUCCCUGCACCAAUCAGCUGUGAGGUUACUCGGGACGCCCUGCCCGAAUAACACAGGCAGCUGCACGCAUCGCAGGAGACACGGCGCCGCAUAUUUAGAUUUUGUAUUAUAAUUCAUGAGAGGUUUUACUUAAAUCUAUUCGAAGACUUUAAUAUGCUGGAUUUCCCAAAAAUGAGCGACGUCGCGCCGUCUCGCUGAGACGAUGUGACAGCACAGUGACGUCAAACAGCCACGGUUAGCUACUGUUAGCAAGGUGCUAGCUGGGUUAGCUAACGUGUGUGAUUAGCCGGCAGCUGGUCGUUAGACGUUGUUUGAGAGAAGCUUUGUUGGAUGAAUGACGUACUGUCGAUGAGCUGCUGAACAUCUGUGUGUGUGUUGGGUGUCAGUACACAAAGCCACCAAACCGGCGGAGUCCGAUGUGUUUGUAUCCGUUAGCGCCGUUGCGUGGUUGAAAUUCAAGCUAGCAGGCGAAUGUUGAGUUAGCUUAGCUGCUACAUAAGCGACAACAUCCACCAAACUGGACAAAACGUUGGAUCUAGUCGGCUAUAAGUCGGGCUCGGCGGGUUCGCUGACCCCCCAGAAGAAGAUGAAGAAGAGGAAGGAGCUGAACGCGUUGAUCGGACUCGGGGACAGCAAAAGAAAGAAGACCAAAAAGGGGUCAGGUCACCGACUGCUCCGGACCGAGCCGCCGGACUCGGAGUCCGAGUCGAGCUCGGACGACGACGAGUUCAACAACAUGAACAGCGAAGCCAACUUUGGAAAAAGCUACACGCGGUGCUGCAAUGUGUGCUACCCCCUGUUCCUGUUCAUCAUACUUGCUGCUUGUGUCAUGGCCUGCGCUGGACUCAUAUGGAUGCAGAUUGCCCUGAAAGAAGAUCUAGAUUCUUUGAAAGAAAAGCUGCACAACAUGGAAUCCAGCCAGAAGGUGUCAUCAAGUGAAAUACCAAAACUAAGCGAGGCCCUGAAAAACAAGGAGAGAAAGCUUGACGACAUUGAGAACGGGGACAAGGGGUUGAGCAAACUCUGGUCUAACCUUACAGAAAUGAACAGAAAGAUCAGUUUGCUGGACUCUGCCGUAAAUCAUUUGAAGGCCAACUUGAAAUCAGCCGCUGACUUGAUCAGCCUUCCCACAACAGUUGAAGAGCUUCAAAAGAGUGUUGCUACAAUUGGCAGCACACUAACCAGUGUCCAACACGAUGUGAAGACUAUGCAGGCUGCUCUCGAAAAUCAGAAGAAAGACGAUGACACGAAGAAGGCGGCGGACCUAACAGACCUGAGGCACGCUGUGGGUGAGGCUAACAAGACAGAGGAGCAGCACCAUACGUGGACUGCUGAGCAGAUCAAAGUCCUCCUGUCUUCAGUGGCAGAUCUUCGUCAGAGAGUGAUCUCACUAGAGGACGGCUCAAAACAAAGUUUAAAGGGCAAUGACGCAGCAACUCAACAAGCGAUCACAAGUGAUAAUCCAGCAACUGAGAUGGUGAAAGAAGCUACUACAACCAAAGCAACACCUGGCGAUGUGCAGGAGAUGUCCACACCACUGACAGAGCCGCGCACAAGCAGACGUCCACGCUUCCUUACUCCAAAUCGCUCCAGGAGAAAUGCAGAAAAGCCAAGAUGCCCAAAGAGGGUGUCCCUGCCUGGUGUCGGUUCUCUGAAAGACUUGGAGGACAUCUUCCAGCAGGCAGGUGUUGGACAUGGUUCACCCGGAUUAAUUUACAAGGACCUGAGGAAAAUAUUUGGAACAUCUACUCCCAAUGCUCUCACCUUGGACUGCUUUGACAAUGACAGGGACCGGAGUUACUCCUUGAUGGAGCUGAGAGCUGCUGUAGGUGUGUGAGCACAUUGUCACUGACAGCAGUGAACAGUAUUGAAGCCCGGUGGGGGGUGGGGUUCGGAGUUCCCCGACCCUCUUCAGUAAUUGCUGCACUUUUGUGAACUGAAUAUUUAUCAUGCUGAUUGUGGAACAGUGGCGCUGGCAUGCCCCCCCCCCCCCCGCCCCAGUCCAUCUCAACACAACCUCAGCCCCAAAAUGAUGCUACCUUUAAUUUUAACACUUAUCCAUAUGCAGAAUAUUCUGAUAUUAUUUUAGCUAAUCUCUUGGUUUAUAUUAACUAGCCAUGAAAAGCAAGUGUUGUGAAUUAUUUAGAAUGUCCACUCUCGGUUCUCAAACUUACUGUUAACCCACACCUGUGUUUUUCUUCAUUUUAAACAAUGUCUCAUCGUGAUGUAACCUUUUUAAGUAUUUAGCUUCCAUAUAGGCUUUAAAUGUCAGAUCUGUUGCAGAUGUCCCUAGCCAUCAGCACCUGGUACAACUCACGUGAACCUUAUUUAUCAAACCCCAGAUAGAAUUUUAUGAAUGUUUAUAAAUGACUACUAGUAACAGACUUUUUUGUGAGACUGGUUUUGUUUUCAGACAAUUUCCUAACUUAUCUGAAACACAACUGAGCGUAAGAGUAAAGGUUUUUGUAUGCUCUUUUCUAAGCCGAAUCUUUCAGAUUUCUUCUUCAGUUGAGUGUUUUCCUCAUUUAUCUUCAGUUUGUUGUGAUUGGGAUUUUGUUUAGUCCAUCGGUAGGUUUAUUUGUAGUUUUUUUUUUUCUGUGCUUGUUGCAGUUUUCCGUUCAACAAGAUUUGAAGGGCUAUGAACACUUCGAAUCACACGGAAAGAAUUUCUAUGUGGUGACUCAUGAGGCAUAUGUAGCAAUAACAAAAUGAUGUAGAUGUUGCUGGAUAGAAGUUGCAGUAGACAGAAGGCACAAGUAGCUCACAAUGUGGAACAGGUAGUAUAAGAAGCACUGACCGUCACUGUACUUGAUUCAUUUUAUUCCAUUUUUAUGGACCUAAUAAAGGUGUAUUAUUUACAUGACAAGUUUGUUAUACCCAAACGUUGUAAUCUGUAAAAAUGGUGCAGAGGUAUUCUCUGCCAAUUAUCUUAUGAAGGGGGACGGGUUGGCAAGAUUUUGCUUUACGGUCUUGAUGUCAACAUUGUACGUUGUUUUUAAAAUAAUUCUGAUGUGCUUUGCAUGUUGCUUUAUAAUGUAACAUGAACAAAUGAUUUCAACUUAACAAUCAUCUACUCGUUUCUUGCAGGACAAUGGUUAGUUGAGCUCAAAAUGUAAAGUAGCUUUGGCCAUCGUGACUUAAGAGUUUGGGUCCAUGCUGCUACUGACGAGAGAUUUUCUGAAUGUGUUUUAGUGUGAGCACCAGUUAAUAAACAAAAUUAAAAGGU